AUGAUCAUCGCCCCCGCGAUCUCCCCGAUCCAGCGCGGCUUCGUGCGCGGGCUGAAUUUCAUGCAUACUGCGUUGGAUCUAGAUACGUUUUCCGGUAUAGCGUCGCUUGGCCCCGAGGCCCUGAUGGCCCAGCAUCUGCCUCUGGGUUUUGACUUUGCUCAGUCGUUCGCGGCCCUUUCCCAAAGGUGGCUCUGCAUGUCGCUCAGGACCCUUGGGCCCCCGAGCGGCAUCCUGGGCACCCUCGCGAUGUUCAACUUCGAUGUCCAGGUGUUUGAGGAUUCGCACGCGGGGCUCGCCUUCCCGUUCAUCGUGAAUUCGAGCGUGCUGCAGGGCUGCCCGCUCAGCGGCGACCUGUGCGCGAUGGGGGCCAAAAUCUUCCCGAUCGACCUAGCCGCGUCCUUCGAGGAGCGCAGGCGCGCUGCCGCGUUGGCGUGCCUCGCUGCUGCCGACGCGGCUUGGGCGGCGAUCGACGUCGUGGAGCACUUGCAAUACCUCGGCAUCAUUCUCGGCGUCAGCGUGAGCCCAGAGACGCAACGGGCGCCGCAGCUCGCGGCGUGGCGCGAACGCGCCUGGGCGAUCUCGAAGAAAAGCUCCUGCUUUUCCGCGGCGACGGCGAUCCGUCGCCGGCGCGCCAUCCCCGCGCUGGGCUACGGAGGCCGGAUUUCCCCGCUGCCGUGGAACUUCACGCGUGACGAAGUGCAUAUCCACAGCCGCCUUGUCCACUCGCAAUUGGCCUGCCAACGCGCUCGCGCGAGCGGACUGGCACGUCCUGGAGGACUUCGGCGCGCCCGCCCUGACCUCUGCCAAUGCGUGCGUUGCCGCCGCGCGCCCGCGGGCGGUCUUGACCGCGAUGGCGGGGUGGCAGGCCGGCUUGGCGCUGCCGCGCCGCCCGGCGAGGGCGCACCUGCCGACGGCCAUCUCAGCGCGAGGGCUCUGCGCGGCGACGCGGCGCAGCGACGCGCCCCUGGCCCCCCACCUGCGAGCGGCCUCGGAGGGCCUGGGCGACUCGCCAAAGCUGUGCGCGGCGGCAUGGCGGCGCUGCACCGCGCGCGGGAGCUCCUGCAGGCCCCCUCUGCGGCGCGGGAUGGCGGCCCCCCGUCGGCGCCCGGCGGCAAGCCGCGCCUGCAGGGGGUGCUCUCGCGCACGCUCCGCACCGGCGCGUGCUGCAACGACCUGGCCGCGACGUUGACCUGGCGCGCGAGGCGCCGGCUUCCCUCGGUGGAGACCCCCGAGGCGCUCGACUGGGAGUCGCUGGCCGGUGACCUCCGCCGCGCGCCGCAGGCGUGGCGGAUGGCGUUGCCGCGGACGUGGGCUAGGGCCUGGCCGACGGCGGCGCGCCUCCAGUCGCGCGGCCAUCCGCGCAUCUUCGGCUGCGCAGCAG